AUGACUAUUCGGAAUACGACGCCUUCUAAUCAACGUGUGACGCGUCGCUCAACUCGUAGCAACGUUUCAUCGACGUGCGUCGCUUCUGAAGCAUCGAUGUCGUCGUCGAUUCGACCGGAGGAGAUGUCGUCCCCAUCGUCGCCAUACUAUCAUCUACCAACUCAGGUGUUGGAUGAUUCAUCUGAGCAGUCGCCUAGCUAUUCACAGGAUUCAAAUUCACCUCCACAACAUACAUUUGAGUCAUUGGAGCCGGCUGGCGGAUCGUCAAUAUCAUCAAUCCGAUAUUCACCAUCUGGAAGAAAUGAAGGCGACAAUCCCACCCUCGGAUUGUAUUCUGCACAAGCUACUUAUCCAUAUUCCCUCCGAAAACGCCGGCCUUGUUGCACAAAAGAUGAGGAUAUAUGCUUUCCGAUCACAGCUGCAACAGCUGAUGAGACACCUCAACCAACAAUGAAAAAGUUCAAGCUAGAGUGUCUUUCACCUGGAGCAGCGAGGGAAGACUUCUCUAUCGAAGAUGACGAGACAGAAGUGAAACCGGAAGUAAAAGUGGAAAAUAUGGAACUAGAUGAACAAGAUCACAUCAAUAAACUUCCUGAUGAACUUCUUCUGAAAGUAUUCUCACUACUCACUGACCAAGCAUUGCUGGCGUGUUGUUCUGUUUCAUAUCGUUUCAACAAAAUUGCAAAUAGCAAUGAAAUUUGGAAAGAGCUCUAUAUCAGUUUAUACGACUACCGUAUUCCACUUUUCCACCCGACACAUGCUAAAUUCGAAUUCCGGGAACUGAAUCGUUGGAGGGAUUGUAAUCCAUGGAAGGAGUCACAUCGUCAACUGCAUCAUGGAGUACACGUCAUGAUAGAGCCACGUCACAACUACCGAGCAACCAAUUAUCGGUGUUUCGAUCAGAUUGAGAAGGCUCUGGCGUUCCUGGAGGAAGAUGAAUACAGAGAGAAACUUAUUUUCUUGCAUGCUGGAGUCCACGAGCCAAUUGAGACCAUUCUUAUCUGCACAGAUGUACAAAUUAUCGGAGCAAGUGAUGCAAGAGACAUCACUUCAUCAGUUAUUCUCGAAGGAAGUAAAAAUACUACAUUGACAUUUACUGAUGGGAGUGCAAAUGCCUACUUUGGAUUCAUUACUGUCCGGUUUCGUGCUGAUCCAUCAAGCCGUCAACCGAUUCAACAACCACAAAUCGCACAGCAACCGGUACCACAUUUCUAUUGCAUUCUGGUGGUUGAUAAGGAAGCGAGUCCAUACAUUGAACGAUGUGAUAUCACUUCGAAAACUGCCAAUGGUGCUGCCGUUUGUGUGAAGAAGUAUGCUGCUCCAAGAUUCAAAUACUGUACAGUAUUGGAUUGCGAGAAUGUCGGAAUCUACAUCACUGAUCACGCAACAGGACACUAUGAACACUGUGAAAUUGCUAGAAACAUGUUGGCAGGAAUCUGGGUGAAGAAUCAUGCGAAUCCUUACUUCAGAAAAUGUACAAUUCAUUCUGGAAAAGAUGUUGGUGUGUUCACAUUUGAAUAUGGCCAGGGGUACUUUGAAAAGUGCAAUAUCCAUUCCAAUCGGAUAUCGGGUAUCGAGGUGAAAAAUGCGGCGAAUCCGGUUGUGAUCCGUUGUGAAGUGCAUCACGGCUAUACUGGUGGAAUAUAUGUUCAUGAGAAGGGACGUGGCCAAUUCAUGGAGAAUCGAAUCUAUGCGAAUGCGUACGCUGGAAUCUGGAUCACGUCACAUUCUGAUCCAACUAUCCGGAAGAAUGAGAUAUUCACUGGACAGCAAGGAGGUGUUUAUAUAUUCGGAGAGGGACGUGGACUCAUCGAACAAAAUAACAUUUAUGGAAAUGCGUUGGCUGGAAUUCAGAUCCGUUCUCAAUCCGAUCCAAUCGUACGACUGAAUAAGAUUCACGAUGGUCUCCACGGAGGAAUUUAUGUUCAUGAGAAAGGAAAGGGACUGAUUGAGGAGAAUGAGGUGUAUGGAAACACGUUGGCUGGAAUCUGGGUGACCACUGGAUCAUGUCCUAUCUUGAGGAAAAAUAGGAUUCAUUCUGGAAAACAGGUCGGAGUGUACUUCUACGAUCAAGGCCAUGGUCUCCUAGAAGAAAAUGAUAUCUUCAAUCAUCUCUAUUCUGGCGUUCAAAUCCGCACUGGAUCCAACCCAAAGAUCACCCGAAACAAGAUUUGGGGAGGUCAGAAUGGAGGUGUUUUGGUGUAUAAUGGAGGAAAAGGAUGCUUAGAAGACAAUGAAAUCUUCGACAAUGCGAUGGCCGGUGUCUGGAUCAAGACUGACAGUGAGCCAACACUACGAAGAAACAAGAUUUAUGAUGGAAGAGACGGCGGAGUCUGUAUUUUCAACCGUGGAAAAGGUCUUCUCGAGGAUAAUGAAAUCUUCCGAAAUGCCCAAGCAGGUGUUCUCAUUUCAACUGAAUCCAAUCCGAUCCUCCGAAGAAAUCGAGUGUUCGAUGGGAAGUCAGCAGGGAUUGAGAUCACAAAUGGUGCAACGGCAACACUAGAGGAAAAUCAAUUGUUCAGAAAUAAAUAUGGAGGACUUUGCGUGGCAACUGGAGUCCAUCCCAUCUCAAAAAACAAUCACAUCUACGACAACCAUGAUACAAUUGCACGAGCGAUUAAAUCUGGACAAUGCCUGUACAAAGUGAGCAGCAACAACAGUUUUCCUAUGCACAACUUCUUUAGAUGCACAACAUGCAACACAACUGAACGAAACGCGAUCUGCUAUAAUUGCAUCAAACACUGCCAUCGAGGGCAUACUGUAGAAUUAGUGAGAUUUGAUAGAUUCUUCUGUGAUUGUGGUGCGGGUACCCUCGAACGUCACUGUCACCUUCAGAAUGUGCCACGGGACAACGAUACCGUUUAUGACUCAGCGACCCCGAUCUCAACCGAGACUGGCACAGAUUUAUAA